CAAACGGGACUUUCACCGCCACUUCGCUUCUAGUUUAACGAGCUCCCCCUGCCCCGGGGUCGCAGCCUCCCCUGCACCAGCCUUGGCUUCCAGGCGCCCCCAGCGUGGCCACAGGCUUCCCCCUGUGCCCAGGGAGAUGUAUCAGGGCUUCCCCGGAGACUACGACUCCGCCUCCCGGUGCAGCUCGUCUCCUUCGGCCGAGUCCCAGUACCUGUCCUCGGUGGAUUCUUUCGGGAGCCCCACGGGCGCCGCCGCCUCGCAGGAGUGCAGUGGCCUCGGGGAGAUGCCCGGCUCCUUCGUGCCCACAGUCACUGCCAUAACUACUAGCCAGGACCUGCAGUGGUUGGUGCAGCCCACACUGAUCUCUUCCAUGGCCCAGUCGCAGCCUCAGGGCCAACAGAUGUCUCACCAGCAGCAGCAGCCACCACCUGCAGUGGACCCCUAUGACCUGCCCGGGACCAGCUAUGCCACCCCGGGGAUGAGCGCCUACAGCGCUGGCCCCUCAACAUCUGGAGCUGCUGCCCCGUCGCCCCGCUCUGCUCGGGCUCGGCCCCGGAGGACACGGGAGGAAACGCUGACACCAGAGGAGGAGGAGAAGCGACGCGUCCGCAGGGAGAGGAACAAGCUGGCAGCGGCCAAGUGCCGGAACCGGCGCCGGGAGCUGACGGACCGACUCCAGGCGGAGACAGACCAGCUGGAGGAAGAGAAGGCAGGUCUGGAGUCUGAGAUCGCGGAGCUGCAGAAGGAGAAAGAGCGCCUGGAAUUUGUCCUUGUAGCUCACAAACCCAGCUGCAAAAUCCCUUACGAGGACAUGCCCGAGCUGGGCGGCCAGCCCGGCCCGUCGGCUGAGGUGAGCUCUCUGGGGGUGCCCGUCAAGGACGACCCGUUCGGGCCAGCUGCCUACCCAUCUGUGCCCCUCCACUACCAGCAGAGCCUUGGCGUGCCGGCGCCGGGCGCGGCGGGCCCAGCGGAGGUAGCGUUUUCUAGUUCUUACUUUACACAUGGUGAACCGCUGAGCGACCCGUACCCUGUUAACCCUUCAUAUACAUCUUCGUUUGUGUUCACCUACCCAGAGGGAUCUACCUGUGGAGCCACACACCAGCGGAACAGCAGCAGCGACCAGUCCUCGGACUCCUUGAAUUCUCCCUCGCUACUCGCUUUGUGAAACAUAAACCAAACAAAGCCAAUCAAACCCGCACAUGCAAACGGGGUGUGUGGGGGGGACAUGCUGCAAACUGCCAGCCUGCAGCCGCACUGCCCGUGUGUGCCAUUAGUUAACUGAGGGGACGGCGCGGGGGACCCCUCCCUACCCCCUCCCUUGCUGACACUUUGGGGGAUUUUUGGUUUUAAUCUGGCUGGAGGAGCAGGAAGCUUUGGCACCGCCGCUAUGAGCCGGGAUGGAUUGUGGAGCUGGGCCCGGCUCGCAGGGGCUGAGCUUCCUCUGUCUGUGGGCUAGUCUGACCCGGCUGGGGGCAGCAGAUUGUGCGGCGUCCCUUUCCCCCACCACCUACUGUGAGCAGCUGACCAAGGGACGGGACCUUGUGGGGAGCGGGCUGGGGGUUGGUUCCCCCCCUCCCCCAUUGACUCACUUCCAAAAUACCCCCCCACUCUGCAUCUUGUGGCUCCUGGCUGCCCCCCUGCAGGAGUGUGGCUCUGCCUGGGCUGGGGGCAGCUGUGGAGCACUGAGGCAGGGGCCCAUGUCCCCAGUUGCCUCCACUCUUGCUCUGAGGAGCUCUGUGGCUACAGCAGGGGGGCACCGGCUCCCUCCCUGUGGGGCUGAGCCAGAGCCCCCUGGGCUGGGCAGGAGCUUGGCCUAGUGCUGCCUCUGGCUGUCCGAGCCACCCUGCCCCUCGGUCUCUGCCCUUGCUCGGUCUUUCCUGGUGGGGGAGCUGGGGAGUGUGGCUGCAAUGUCAGGAGAUGGCCUGGGGCCCGUCCGUCCCCCUGAGAUACUGUGAACGGCCCCCACCCCCUGUACAGCUCCUGCUUUCGCUGCUGUUGUGAGCACAUGGUGUGCGUGUCCCCCACAGGCUCCAGCCCCUCUGUCCCUAAACUGGCCCAUGUGUGGGCUGAGCCUUCCCUUCUGGUGGCUUUUACUCCCAUCAUUACACCCCCCCGGGGGGCUCUUUGCUGCCACCAUGACCCCCCCCCAGAGAAGCCUAUGUUCCAUUGACCCCCAAGCCUCCAACAGCAAGGGCCUGAUAAUGCCAUGGGAAAGACACCAGGUGCCACUGUGCCCCACUGCAGGCCUUGUGGGGCUGUGAGACUGUGCACAGGCCAGAGAGCCCAUCCCUGCUGGCAGCUUUAAGCCCUGGGCCUCAGCUCCAGGAGGUGGGGGUCCCUCCUGCUCCUCGGGGCCCUGUGCCCAGCCUGCCCCGACCUUUCCUGCUGGGGGAAGAGUUGCAGCGCCGGCUAUCCCCCAGUUCAGCCCUGUGGUGGUGGUGGGGGGGUCUCCCUGGGCUCGCUGAGCAGGGGCUGCCCUGCCGUCCCCUGUAGCUAGCGCCCCCGCGUGUGUAGACCUGCCGCCGCUUUGGGCCGUGCCGUCCGCCCCGUCGUCGCCAGCGCGUCGAGCGGGAGAGCCGUGUUGCUUCUAUCGCCGGGCCAGCCGCCGCCGCGUGCCGUGUUCCGUACCCUCGUGACCAAGCUUUGCCCGUGUUUCGCUUUGUUCUGAGCGCUGGGGGGGGGGGGGGGGGGGAUUGCUGCGGCGCUCUGCGUCUGGGACAGCGCUGGGGGAUGGGGAGAGUUUAGGUUUUUUAAUGAUGAUUUUCCUGUGCUGUAUUUUGUGACUUGUGUUUAUUGGGCAGCUGGGGGGGCCCGUGGCAACGCCCAGUGCCCCUCCCAGCCUGCGCUGACUCCUCUGCAAA